AGGGCGGCUGCUGCUGGUUUGCGACACUUGGCCGAGUGCGAGAGGGAGGAUUAUCCGGCAGGGGGGGAAGCAGGAACUUGCUGCUGGUGCUGCUGCUCUUUCCCCAAAGGGGCUUCUUUUCCCGGGAGCCUCGCAAAGCUCUUGAUCAUGAGGAAGGGAGUCGUGGUUUGGAGGAGAGGAGGCUUGGUUCCCUGGCUUUGAACGCCAAAUUGUACACAGCCUGCGGAGCAACAAGAGAAAUGUGCUUUCCAUAAAUAAACUCUUCCCUCCGCCUGAUGCUGCAGCUGCAUUUUGCCACGGGCUUCAGGCCUCUGAGACAAGGAGUGGGUCUGUUCUAAGAGGAUCUGCUGAUGUGGGAGUGAGUGAUCACAGCCAAACUUGAGAAGAGUUGGGGGAACAAUGGAGGACUUUACCACCCGGACUUAUGGGACCAGAGGGCUGGACAACAGACCUCUCUUUGGAGAGACUUCGCCAAGGGAUAGAAUAAUCAAUUUAGCUGUUGGCAGCGUCACAUCAUUGCUGCUCAUAGUCACUCUAAUCAGUGCUUUUGUCUUUCCUCAACUACCUCCAAAACCGGUGAAUAUAUUUUUUGCUUUCUGCAUCUCCUUGUGUAGUGUUUCGGCUGGCAUUCUUAUCUACUGGUAUCGACAAGGAGACCUCGAGCCCAAAUUUAGGAAUCUAAUUUACUAUAUCUUGUUUUCGAUUAUUAUGUUGUGUAUAUGUGCCAAUCUCUACUUCCAUGAAGUGGGGAAAUGACUCUUCGAGGGCAUAUUCCUAAGGAUGCAUCAAGUGGGUUCUGGGCAACACUGUAGGAAAUGCUUUCGGAAUGGAUUACUACCCCGGAUGAAGGCUUCAUCUGAGCAAGCAUCAAACGGGGACUUGCGUUUGCCAUCUGCCAUGACAGCUUUGUUUUUUGGGGGGGAGGGAUAAACAGCUACCAGUGCACUUAAUGAACAUUCCAACUCUACACGUUUUUCAGAAUGGCACGAAAUUUUUUCCUUGCAGGGAAAAAUGCAUUUUUUUAUUACACUGUACAAAAACUGCAGCACUGCAAAUGUCUGUACUACAGUAUAAAUAAAAAGGCAUCCUACUGUUACAGAAGACAAAUAGGUUAUUGUUUGUAUUAAAUUGAACAGUUAUUUCUGUUGCCUCCCUAAGCAACCAACUGUUUUGUAAACUACUGUCAUUUUUCACAUGAACAGAGAAAGUCACAGACUAAAGACAAACCGACUUCUGAUGAAGCUAAUUUACAGCAAUAAAUAUUGUUUUUUCUACA